UAUGCAGCUAUUGCUCUCUUACAUUUUCUGCCAUGUUUUGUAAACACUGAAAAGUUUGUGCUUUCAAGAUGUGAUUCGAGCUACGACAAACUGGAAUUAUCUUGUCUUUGUCCGAGUUAUCAAAGAAAGAUUAAGAAAAAAGUCUGAGUGUUGUAGAUAGGUGCAGUUUGAGGUGAAAAUAAUAGCCAACAAAACUCAAAUUGCAUAUUGUGAAGUGAUUUCUUGAGUGUUUCUUUUGUUUGUUUAAGUUUUCUUUGAAAUUUUCUUAUUUUUAAAUAUGCAGGAAUAAAAAGGAUUGAGUUGUUAGUUACGCCGAAACUUUUGACACAAUAAAAGCUCCCAAACUGUCUCCAAGCUCAAUCAUGAAGCUAUUAACUACUUUAAAAUCGUUUUUAUACUAUAUUAUUUUAUUGCUAUUACAAUCAGCUGCUUGUGAAGAACAUUAUAAAAAAAUAUCUGUUCAAAUUUAUUCAGAUGAUGUAUCAAAUAAUAAUAAUAGUCUAUCAAUAUUAAACCAGCUUACAGAUACACCCUACAUCCGCCAUAAAGAACCUUAUAAACCAAAAGGGGAAAGGUAUUUAGACAAUUCCCUGUUUGAUAUAAAUCCAAAAUACUGUAGAAGAAAUGCCAGUUGUGAAACUCUGCAAUAUGGGAAUUGUAUGGGAGCCAAACUGCCUUAUCACACUACAACAUUGGACCUUACUGAUUUAAACAGUCAGGCCAUGGUACAGGAAAAACUUCAAAUGUAUGAGCAGUAUUUACGUUACAUACCAAAAUGCUGGGCAGUUAUACAACCAUUUUUGUGUGCUUUAUAUAUGCCAAAAUGUGAUAAUGGUACUGUUGACCUACCUUCACGGGAAAUGUGCAAAAUUACAUUGCAGCCAUGCAAGAUCAUUUAUAACAGUACAGUAUUCCCUGAGUUUUUUAACUGUGAAGAUGAAAGGUUAUUUCCAUCAAAAUGUAGGAAUGAAAUACAUGAUAUGAAGUUUAAUAUUACAGGAUAUUGCAUGGAUCCUUUGACAAAAACUGAUAAGCCAGAUUGGUGGUUUAAAGAUAUUGAAGGAUGUGGUCUGCAUUGUAAAGACACUAAAUAUACAGAAAAUGAGCAUUACCAAAUUCAUAAAUUGAUUACAUAUUGUGUACUACUUUGCAUUAUCUUAAAUAUCUUUACAGUAACAACUUUCUUAAUUGAUUGGAAGACUGCAAAUAGAUAUCCAGCCAAAGGAAUAUUUUAUGUUAAUAUCUGUUUUGCUAUUUCUUAUGGAGGCUAUUUGAUGCAGUUUUUAGGUUAUGACACCAGAGAAGAUAUUGUAUGCAAAAAAGAUGGUACUUUAAGAAAAUCAGAACCAAGUGCCACAGAAAACUUAUCCUGUGUCAUUGUUUUUUUUAUGGUUUAUUAUUUUUUAAUAGCUGGGCUGGUUUGGUUUAUGAUUUUUAGCUAUGCUUGGUACAUGAGUUCUUUGCAAGCUCUUGGUAAAAUUCAGGAUAGGGUUGAUAAGAAACAUGCCUAUUUCCAUUUAGCAGCUUGGAGUUUACCUUUAAUGCUAACCAUUACAACAAUGGCUAUAGGGGAAAUAGAUGGAGAUUACAUAACAGGCAUCUGCUUUGUUGGCUUUGCUAAUAUGGCUGCUAGAGCUGGAUUAUUCUUAGCUCCUUUAGUUGCCACCAUGUUAGUUUCUAUUUAUAUUAUUGUCAGGGGUUUGAUGCUUUUAAUAAAAGUGAAAAUAGAAAGCCGGGAGGUAAUUUCUCAGCAUUCAGCCCGGAAAAUACAGUCAAAUAUUGUUAGAAUGACUGUUUUCACCAUUUUUAUGGUGGUGUUCUGUAUAGUUACCAUUGGUUACCAUAUUUAUGUAGCAUCAAAUAAUGACUUGUGGGUCCUAAGUUUGGAGAAAUAUAUUUUGUGUAAACUUACAAGUUUCAGCACAGACUACUCUCAUUGCAAGCAAACCGAACGACCUAGCGUUGCAAUGCUACAAUUGCAACUAUUAGCAGUUUUUGGUAAAGGAAUAGCGAUGGCAUCCUGGGUUUGGUGUGAUGCCACCCUACAUGCAUGGGGAAGAUACAUCAGAAAAAAAUUUCACUGUGAAGUAGAAGAACCAAUGAAGAUUCAGAAACACAAGAUAAUAGCUCGUGCUUUUGCGGGGAGGCAGAAGUUUAAUGCAGGCGAUAAAGUGUCGGUUUUUAGUCAGAACCAUACUGAUCCCGUAGGGCUGCGAUUUGAGUUAAAUAGUGCCGCUAGCAAUGAACUGAGUACCACCUGGGCAAAAAACUUGCCCAGAUUAGUGAAUAGGCGCCUGGCUGUUCCCAAUGACGUUGGAGUGGAUAACAGUUAUAAUCAGAGCAUUGAUAGUGAUUAUAGUGUCAAUUAUAGGCAUGUAAGUAUUGAAUCCAGAAGAAAUUCAGGAGACAGCCAAGUAUCUGUCCAAAUAGCCGAGUUAAAGGCUACCAAACGUGUAAAAGGCAGAAGAACAAGACGAAAUGAAAAACAUCAGUUUAGAAGAAACUCAAGACAUAUUGGCAAUUAUAAUUCAAGAGGUCCUUCUCGCGCCAACACAAAACGGGGUAGCAGCACUAGUCUCGAUUCUCAUUUACAAAUGUUAACUGCACUGACCAAUGGUACGGACGUACCCAACUUUGCUCCAAAUCUUAACAGAAGGACCGCAACUGCUGGAUUGGACGGAACUAAUAUUGGUCAACUAAUUGCUAAGGGAAAAUUCGUUUUGCCAUCAUCUCCUCUUACGUGUUCAGAAGACGAGAAUGUUUCUGUUACGAUCUCAGAAAGGGCCGUUAAUAUGAGACUCGCAAAUCAAAACCUCGACCUGAACGAUCAAAUUACUAUUAAGCAAUUGCGAAGAGGCUUAAAUAUUCGACAAGUGAGUUCCUCCGAGAGUGAGGAGGAGAAGAUGAGCAAUAAAGACUAUGAGCAGGAAAAGCGUUAUUCGAGAAGUGGAAGGGAUUCUCAUUCUAGUAAAAAGUCGAAGCGGUCUAGGAGAUCUCGAAAAAAAUACAGCUCCGAUUCGGGUUCGUGCGAGGCUCGCCAUCAAAAAGGCCACCACAGCGACAGUUCCAGCUGCCCGGAGAUCAAACAGUUGCAAAAUGCCCAGAGCUCUCUCAAUUCGACUGUAAGCGUCGGAUUUGAAAAAAAUCGCGGUUCACGACAGUCCAAAACUUCCAUGGAUGUAGCCGUCCAGGCGAACGCGCAUGAUCUCGAUCUAGAGAUGAACAAUAAAGCCAAUGAGGAGGAGAAAAUCUCUAAGAGUAAACAAGCGAAGACGAGGGAGAACAAGAAGUACCGCAGAGCAAGCAAAUAUGGCAGCGAUGUGGAUUCGAGUAAAAAUUUAGAGAAAAUAUCCAGGUCGAAGGAGAAAUAUAAGUAUGAUGGGACUGGUGAGGAGAAAUAUAGACUGUUAAGAGAUAAUAGAAAGUGUUCAGAAAACAGCGAAGAGGAAACGCUUAUUGUAGAAAAGAAUAAGGUUGUUAUGAAGAAACAUAGAGAGGCUGGAGUCAAGUACUGAUGUGCAAUUUUUACAGGUAAUUUUUAAGGUACUUAAUUCAUUUGCCAGUAAGUACCCUUGAUAAAUGGCAAUCAAUAUGUGGAAAAGUAAAAACAAUUUAAAAGUGAUAAACAUAUUUUUUAAGGGAUUGUAAUAUUUGGAUGAGGUAUAAAAGUUAUAGAACAUGACGAAAAAAAAUAGCAAUAUAUCAAAAAAUUCUAUCUCACACAGAGAAGUAGACUAUGUAGUAGAUAAAGUACAAUAGAGUUUGUAAACUUUAAGCUCAGUUACCAUCAGGGCGCAAAAAAUACAAGCCAAGUUUGUAACUUAAGCCAAAAUCAAAAUACUUCUUGUUAACAACAAUUAAUUUUUCUUCUUUGCAAAAAAACACCACUUCUUUGUAAAAAGAACCAUAUCCUGAUAUGGUCUUUGCAAAUUAAAAUAAAGAUAAAUCAUUUCCGUUUAAUCAGGGAGCAAAAUCUGAUACAAUAAGAACUAACCCCAUAAAAAAUAUGUCAAUAAAAAUAUAUGAAAUCUAUAAUCAGUAAUUUACACAAUAAUGCAUAUAAAAACUAAUCAUCAAUAUUAAUAACAAUGUUGAUAAACUAAUAAAUGCAAGUAAUUAUGGAUGUCUCUUUACUGAUAUUCUGGUAAAAAUAUUAUUUAAUUAUUUAAAUUAAUGCUAAAAAAUCUUCUCACCUUAGUGCGAACACGAGUUGAAUGCUUUUGGGGGAAGGCCAUUUUAGAGUGUGGUGUUCGUUUUUACCUAUCAGGCUGCUUAUGUAACAUGGUUAUAGAAAUUCUAUAAUAAUAUAAUAAUAUAAAAUAAUACAAAACUCCGAGUCCAAGAAAUCAUUUGUACCCAUAUUAAUUACAGAGAACUUUCGAGAGCUAAUUCUUACAAGUUGCCCUUGGAGUGGUUAUCUAUCAAAAGCAGCUUCCUUUUUUUGCCUCUCAAUUAAUACAAUGUCAGUAUCUGCUUUAAGAUGUAUGUGCCCUCUUAGUAGGUGUUUAUGGUUGAUGAUUUUAAGCUUUGGGCAAAUAGAAACAAUGUAAAGAUAACACAUCACAGUCAUUAAAUUCCUAUUCUGGGAAGGACAGUUGUCUGAUCAUAUUGCCAACUCUUCAAUUUGAUUAUCUAGAGGGGAAAUUAAUAGUCAUUUUAAAAUAAAAUUAAAGACGAAAUUUCGUUUCCACAUCUAGCAGAAACAGUCUCAUCCCACAUCAUACAAAGGGUGUUAUUAAUGGUUGAGCUAUGAAUUGUAAGGUUCAAUGUUUAAGGGAGUAGAAGCUUUGUGCAUUUUUGAGGAAUGAAAUUGGCAAACAUUUUUCAUGAUCAAUCGUAAUAACUUUUUUGUUUUUCGUAUUUUUAGCAGCUCUUUGUUACUAAUAGGCAUCACAGGUGUUUUAAAUAUUAGGCUAAACUGAGAAUAUAUAAUUCUAUAAAGCCACAACUUUCCAAUUUGGCCAAGCGGGAAUUUUUCCGCUAUACACUGGUCAGAGUAAAGUGGGUGUAUUUUAAUCACAUUUAGGUCACAUUCAUGUUAUUUUGUCGAAUUUCAUCCGGUACUUUAUUCUGAGACCUAUGACCUUUCCAACCUGCAAUGGUUUUUCGAAGGGAUAAUCUGCAAAAUUUUGAGAUAUGUCCAAAAUUUCAGGGAUUUUUUUUAAAUUCUUCUAAAUGGGGUUUCAAGUUAAAGAAUAGAAGUAUGUAGCAGCUCUUUUACCUUCUCUAGCUCCAUUUCGGACCGCUGUCACUGACUGUACCUGGGUUUCUUCUAUACAAGCUGCUAUAAACGGUCUCUUUCUAUCGUAAACAAUAUCGUUAUUCCAAAAUUACUUUUAAAAUAUUAUACGCUCUUUCUCGAAAAUAACUUCGAAAAUAACCCAAACAUUUAAGCUUACGGGUUUCUUUGCAUUUUGCCUUUAGUUGUCUAGCACGAACUGAUGUUUUUCUACUAGAGAUAUAUACUUUUCCACAAGUUCCUGCUUGUUGUCUUACAUUUGUUUUUAUAUUCUGAAUCAUUCUUUACUCUCUUUUUUCCCUUUUUAAUGUUUAUGCUGCUCCGAUUUUCAUUGAAAACAUCAUGAAUAUUUUCGUUCUGAUUCUUAAUAUAAUUAUCUUCAGCAUCUGACUCAGAAAGAGAUCAUUUUCUAUGUCACUAUGGUCAGUACAAAGUCCUACGUCGGCAUAAUUUUUGGUCUGCAUUUCAUUUACUGGUUGCAGGGAUUCUGUAGUAAAAGCAUGCUCAACGGGGAUGUCUAAUACUUCGUAGGGUUUUUGCAGAAUAUUCAUUAAAUGUCAUGAAUAUUUGGCACUUGACCAUCAGUAGCUUCUGCAAAAAUAAACUUUAUUAAUGGGCAGACAGUAAAAAAGUUUUCUUAGUUACUUUCUUCACAAGAAGUAGAAGUCAUCGUAGGUUUCGCACUCGAUAAUUGAUCUGUAGUAUCUCCCAUCAUAAAGGUCAUCAACAAUAUCUAUCGGCAUAUCAAGAAUAGGAAUUUCUUCUCAAUUGCCUGUAAAAACAAAACAUGGACUCUCUAAUUGCAAAGAUACUUUUUAUUAACUUAAUAUUAUCUAUUAUUUUGAACUUGGCUUAUGAAUGUAUGUUAAGACCUUGCUAAAAUGAAUAAUUUAUACUUACUUAAUGUAGUAGAGUAACCUAAAUCGGUGACAGUACUGAUAUCCAGAAAUUUUGUUGAAGUAAUGCAGGUCACAACUGGAAAAAUCAAAUGUUUCUAUAUCUGAAAAUUAUUAUGUAACAAUAAAAUUUAUUUCAAAUAGAUAUAGUGAUUUGUUGGGUAUUUUACUAUAGUUGUUUUAUAAUUACCUUAAUUCGAUGGUGAAAUUCAUAUUGUAGAUUUCUUGCUUAUUUGUAUUUAAUUACUAUUUAAAACAAAAUUAUUUAAAGAAUUAGGAUUUUCCAAAAUAGAAUUUUGUUUAUAUAUGCAUAUAUAGGUAUAUAUAUAUAUAUAUGUGUAAAAGAAAAAAAUCUAUAUUCCCUAUUUGUUUCGUUAAAAAAAGGCAACUUUUCGCAUUUAUUAUAUAAAUUACUAUUUUAGUUACUUAUUUAUAAUACAAGUGUUACAUAAAGGAAAACUUACAUUUUCAUAAAAAACAGAUGCCCUGGUUCCUAUUGAUCAAUAAAUAUUGAAAGCAAUAAUAAUUAGCAUGCUUAUGUCUACUUCUUGUAGGCAAGGAAAUUCUUAGAAAGGUAUUUGGACUUUUGUUUACACAUUAGGUGUAAGUUUUGGGAUAGGUUAAUGAAAUCUGAAUAGGCUAUAGAAUAAUAUAAUAAGAGGCUUUUGAAUAAUUAUAACAAACUUUUCUGUAGUAACGUUUUGAGGUUAUACUACAAAUUACCUUUUUGCUCACUACUUAGUUUAUUAUUUACUUCAUCUUCAUUCUUAUUUAUUGUCCUAUUUGACGCCAAAUUGUCUAUAUGAAUAAUUCUUAACGAUCUGUGAGACAUUGUCAAUCUAUAAUUUUAAAUAUUUUGCGUAAUAAUAAUUUUAAAAGUUUUACGUAGCACCAAAGCCGCAUCUAACCACAACGAACAAUAAAAAAAACUGCAGAUUAUAGAUGCUAUGUAUUGUUUUUUUUUGGGGAGUUUUUCAUAAGGGCAGUAAAUGCAUAUCUGGGCGAUGCUCUAUGGUACUUAACCAGAAGGGUUUAACGCCAUUUAGACCAGAUGACACUUGUAGAGUAUUUAUUUCUUAAUUUGUAAUGUAAAUAACAAAAGGCUAUUUUAUCUUUUAGGAAAGUAUUUUUAAUAUUAUUGGAUUAUUUAAAGAGUUCCUUUAGCGUAAUAUGUAAGUAUGCUACUUAAUAUCUAAAUAAGUUUUUGAAAUGUAAGCUUAAAAUACUUUCCAGUGUUUAUUUUAUGAACCUCAUAAUACUCCAUAGCUUUAGAAUGACAUAUAAUCUAAAUUAAUAGCAUAUAUUUAUUGUAAUACCUAUUUUUAUAUUUUUACACCAAUUUUAUAUAGUUACAGGUUGUACAGGUUGUAUAUAUAAUUUUGUAAAUCGACAGUUUUGAUAAAAAAUAAAAUUUACUGUUGUGUAAAAUUGA